AUGUUGGUCAUUUUCUUGAUCCUCCGCAAAUAUCUAAACUUUUUUACGAAGCCAUUCCCCAGACAAAUUGAAGAAGAAAAUGAAGAGUCUCCGAUUAAAAAAUUGCCUUCCGAAGUUUUUGGAGCAAUUUUUGAAAAGGUAAGAUUUAAAAUGAUUUAUAAUAUUUCAAUUGAAAUGUUUUUCAGCUUGAAUACGAAGAUGUUCAAAAAUUGAAAAACUCAUCAAAGUUUCUAUUUGACGCCCAUAAAUUAGAACGUCGGAUGAUUGCUGGUCCAAAAUGUAAUGCCAAUGUGUAUUAUAACAAAAAUAAGGAACUUCGAUUAGAAAUAACAAUUUUCGUUGAAGUUCGAUGGAUAAGAAUACUUCCAUUUAAAAGAACAAUUGAAUUGACAAGAACUAUUCCAUUUGAUCAAUGGAAUUAUUAUUUCAAAAAUGCAAAAUGUAAAAUAUUAAGGAUUAUUGUUGAAGAAGAUGAAAUUCCAUUGGACAUUUUGAAGAAAAUUAUUUGCUGUAAAUCGAUCGAUAUUUUGACCUAUUCAGGAAAAUCAAUCAAUCAGAUGUCUAUUGAUCUUCUUGCUGCAUAUAAUUCUCUGAGUUUUGGAAUUGUUGUUGAUCGAUGGUGUUUCAGAGUAUUUCAAAAUGUUAAUUUCAACCAUACAUUCGUUAUAAUUCAUUGUUUUGAAAAUAUUGAUGACAUUUUUGAAGCAAUCAAAUUCACGUAUGAUUCGAUUAUUAGUUUUCAGCCGGAAAUUUAUGAGAAAAACGAGGUUUCUUUUAUGGUGAGUUUUACAGCUAAAAUAUGAGGAAAUACUUGGUGAAAAAGUAGCAACUUUUGCUACAAAAAUCGACUUUUAGGAGCUGGCUACAAUUUUUAAAAUGGAAAAAAAUCUAGCAAACUUGCUAAAAAUGGUCGGAAGCACGCUAAAAGUCAAUUUUUCUUGCGACCUCUUGCUAUAUAUUUCCUAGGUACAUAAACACUUUAGUUCCGAACUUCCCCUUUUUUUCCAAAAAAAAUAAUGCAAGUCGAAGUUAUAGUUGGAAACAUCGGAAGAUCAUAUAUGUCAUAAUCUCAAAUCUAAUGAUUGAAAUAUGUUAGUAUUGUUGGAAAUUGUUUGUUUAUAAUUACAAACUUCAAGAAAAAAAUUAAAAAACCAUAUUUCAAUCAAAAAAAUCAGAAAUAUCUGAAGAAAAAUGAGAGUGUUCAUACAAAUUCCGAAUCCUUGUCAGAAUUUCAUAUUAGACUAUUUUUCUGUUUUUUCAGAAACUCAAGCCAAACAUUGAACAUUAUCCUCACUACUUUUUUAUUUUUACUAACUAUACGAAUAUAGAUGAAGAAAAAGUUCAAUCGAUCGCGAAUUUUUUGGAAAACAAUGUUUCAAAUGUUUAUGGAUAUUAUGUGAAAAGCAAAGUUUUCAAAGACGGCACAGACCUUCAUAUAACUUGUAGAGAUCGGAGAGCUUUCCGCAUGUUCACUCUUCGAGCCCUUUAUUUUAUCGCCCUUUAUUUAUUCCGGAAAAUUGUUGUCCAAUUAAUCCAAUUGCCCAAACUUCUUUGGAACUUUGUUAGAACAAUGAUCUAA